AUGAGUUCCGAACAAUACCUCGCCGGCAAAACUGCCAUCGUCACUGGUGCAUCAAAGUCCAAUGGUAUCGGAGCUGCCACAGCUCUAGCACUUGCCAAGCACGGCGCCAACAUCUUGGUUCACUACGCCUCCAACGCUGAGGCAGCUGAGAAAGUCGUCGCUCAGAUCAAAGGGCUAGGCGUCCAAGCCAUUGCCGCCAAAGCAGAUGCGUCAUCAGAGUCUUUCGGUACCGAUCUUGUCCAGGCUGCACUUGAGGGCCUCAACACGAAGACCAUCGACAUCAUCGUCAACAAUGCUGGAAUCCCGAUGUAUCACCCCGAAAUCGCCGCUGUUGGCAUCGAGUCUUGGGACCAGACUUUCCGCGCCAAUGUCCGCGGUCCGUUCUUGCUCAUCCAGGCAGCACUUCCUUACAUGCCCCGCGGAGGACGCAUCGUCAACGUCGGCAGUAUUGUGGCGAAGCUGGGAAUUCCCGCGCUGACGGUGUACGGAGCUUCCAAAGCGGCCUUGACGUCUAUUACGGCGUCUAUGGCUGGAGAGCUUGCUGCCAAGGGAAUUACUAUUAAUGUCGUGUCGCCGGGCCCCGUUGCUACGGACAUGACCAUGACUGGCACGCCGAUCGGUGAUAAGUUGCGGUCUCAUCAAGCUGAUCCUCGUGAAGGGGAGGCUAGUGAAGUGGCUGGUGUUAUCUUGUUUAUGGCGAGCCCAGCGUCGAGCUACAUCACGGGUCAGUUGAUUCCUGUGGAUGGGGGUAUUCAGAUGCCGUGA